AUGCCGGGCGAACACCCGUCGACAUUCUCACCAGGGCUCGUCGGACUGCCGCUAGAAAUCCAAAACCACAUCCUCGAGGACCUCGCCUCCUCACACCCCGCAUCGAUCCGCGCCAUUCUCUUGACGAGCAAACAAUUCUACCAAGCCGCUUUGCAUCUCUCAGUCCAGACCUACGAGAGCGCCGCCGGCCCAAAGAACACGAGCCAGUACGCGCAGAAGCGCAGCCGCAAUCUCGACUUCCUGCGUUACAUCGUCAUCACCAAACCCCAACUCGCUCAGUAUGUGCGGCGCAUCACCAUCAAGCACGUCUCCACCAGCCUCAUCUACCGCACCGCCCCGUCAAGCAAAAAGCCGCUGGGUCCCGAGAGCGAUGAGAUUGGCGUGUACGCGGAUAUGAUUGAUGCCUCGGGCCUUUCCGACCACGUCGAGGAAUGGCAGGCCGUGCGACACGAAUGGCUUCGCGGCCUCGCCGACGGCUUGGUCGAGCAGCAGAUUGGCCUCUUGUUCCUUGCAUGCCCAAGGAUCGAAUUCCUCGAGUUGGGAACGCCUCUCGCGCCUCGGCUGCUCCCUCGGCUGAUCAAAGCAGCAGCGCUGCACGGGAAGAGCAUGAAAAGCCCGUUACUCCAUCAUCUGCGAGAGUACUAUGGCGAGCCAGAGAUGCCCAAGAGUCUUUUCCACUUCUUCAACAUUGGGAAGGAAUUCCUGCAAUUACCCCAGUUGCGUACAUUCACUUGCGCCAGUUUAUCGAGCAGUGGCCCGAACGGGCAUCUCUUCGACGAGGACGCCAACCCGCCGGAGUGUUCACACGUACAAAACCUGACCCUGCUCGAUGCAAAUAUCACAAAAGAGGGACUAAGCACUGUCAUUCGUGCGUGUAGAAAGCUCAAGUCGUUUCACUGGACACCAGGUGACAGCAGUUUCCUGGAUAUGCAGAUCAAGCUACAAGACUUAGCCCAAGCAAUGUCGCCACAUCGGGAUAAUAUCGAAUGUCUACACAUCAAUUACCAUGGUCAGUGGCGUGAUCAAGAAUGGUACGUCCAGAGAGAGGGCUUAUUCAUCGGCACGUUCCUUCGGGACAUGAUCUCCUUGAAGACGUUGCACAUCGGCAUGGAGGCGUUCACUGGCUUCACCGACCUUUGGACAGUUCCGAGUCUUUAUAACCGUCUCAGCCAAGAGGAAAAGCUGCUAGAGUUGGAGCAAGUUCCUCGGCUCGUAAAUCAUAUUCCUCCUAAUCUCGAAAGCCUCGAGCUUCACGGGUGUACCAUGGAGAUACUGCCUCAUGUCCAGGAACUCGUGGACUUGUACCAGACAGGACAAAGAUUCGCGAACCUACGGAUGCUCUGGCUACAUUUUAAUACAGAAUUGGUUGAUUCGAAUAAAGUCAGCCUGGCGCUUGAUAGAAAUCCGAGUCGAUUAGAUUUGAAGAUAUCCUAUAACCAUUAG